GGGGGCGGGCGCGGCGGCGAGAGCCGCAUGAAUGAGAGAAACGUGCCCGGCGCGAGACGUCGCGCGCGCCCGGGACAGGGAGCCAAUGGGAACGCUGGGAGGGUUCGAGACCCGGCACUGAGGGCAACGGCCGCGCGCCGGCUCGGAGACGAGCGUCACUGUGCGGGAGCGCGCAUAGCAGGGCGGGCGUGGAGCGUGCGGGGGCCGCGCGCUGCCUCUCAGAGGCCGGACGGCGCUGCCGAGAGGCGGUCGCGAUAACGACGGCAGGGGUGACGGGAACCGUGCCGGGGGUGAGGCACUGUAACCCAGUUGAACUCUGCAUUCAGACAGCCCAAGAUUGAAGACAAAAGAGCAGACACACUAACCUGGAAACAGGGACCUCUUUGGAACUUUGCUUUCGUUCACAGUAAUCUUUAAAAAGUAUCGAGUGGAAUUGAUUUUUUUUUCCAUCUUAAUUUUGCUUAUUGGGAAGAACAUGGCCUCAGGGAUUUUAUGUUUCACUUUAGUUUUGCAUGAACUCUCUAGAAAACGGAGCCCUAAAAGGGCUUGAGAAUAACAACAAGAGAUUGAAGACAGACAAGCUUGCUCUUUCUGUUUUCCCUCCCCCUUCAAAGAAAAGGAUUACAACUCAGUCUUGUAACAGCUGCUGCCCAGCUUUAGCCAUCAAGAGAAAAGAAAAUUAAACCACCAUUGCCAUACUACAAGCCCUGAAGUCAAGGUGUGGGAGUGGUGGCAUUGAGAAAACUGCCUAAGAGACAAGGACUACAGUAAAAACAGUUUCUCUUUAAAGCUGAAAAUCCCAGUUUCCUUCUUGGAUUAAAAUAGAAGCACAGGGCACACCUCUGGGUGAAGCUCACAUUUUGUGGAAGUGUGGUAGUCGUGGAGGUACUACAGUAUCUCUUCCGAAGAAUUGUUCCUUGUCCGAAGUGUUCUGCCCUACCCUGAUACUCGCCCCUUCUUUCCUUUUGAAGACUUAUCUCCAUCCAUGAGCUAUUAUUCCUUGAUCUGUCUGACUGCCUGUGUUGUCUACCUGCAACCAUUUGCAUGUGUACAGCCUCUUGUUUGUCUCCAGUUUUCAAAUUGUACAAGUUGUGUUUCUUAGUCUCCUGCCUCGUUCUGGGGAGGUGGUUAUUCAUUAUUUGGAAUCACCUUUCCCCCUCCCAUAUGCUCUCCUUCAUUUGAGAUCUUUUGACCUUUGGUUUCAUUUGGGAGGGGGAAGGGUGAUAAUUUAAAUUUUUCUCUUUCCCUGGUGUCCUGUGCUCUUAUCUCCGGUGUUGCCCUCAUCCCGUUUUCUUGUCUGUUCUGCCGUUGUGUGGGCCUGGGCUAUGCGGCAGGGCAGAUCUCCCAUCAGACCUCCAACAUGCCCGCAGAGUCUGGAAAGAGAUUCAAACCCAGCAAGUAUGUUCCGGUCUCAGCAGCCGCCAUCUUCUUAGUGGGAGCUACGACCCUCUUCUUUGCCUUUACCUGUCCAGGACUAAGCCGCUAUGUGUCACCUGCAGUGCCCAUCUACAAUGCGAUUGUUUUUCUCUUUGUGCUGGCUAACUUCAGCAUGGCCACCUUCAUGGACCCAGGGAUUUUCCCUCGAGCUGAGGAGGAUGAAGACAAGGAAGAUGACUUCCGAGCUCCCCUUUACAAAACAGUGGAAAUCAAGGGCAUCCAAGUGCGUAUGAAAUGGUGUGCCACCUGCCGAUUCUACCGUCCUCCUCGAUGUUCCCACUGCAGUGUCUGUGACAAUUGUGUGGAGGAAUUUGAUCAUCACUGCCCCUGGGUGAACAACUGUAUUGGUCGCCGGAACUACCGUUAUUUCUUCCUCUUCCUCCUUUCCCUGACAGUGCACAUUAUGGGUGUGUUUGGCUUUGGCCUCCUUUAUGUCCUCUACCACGUGGAGGAACUCUCAGGGGUCUGCACGGCUGUCACGAUGGCAGUGAUGUGUGUGGCUGGCUUAUUCUUCAUCCCUGUAGCUGGCCUCACGGGAUUUCAUGUGGUGCUGGUGGCUCGUGGACGCACAACCAAUGAACAGGUUACGGGUAAAUUCCGGGGAGGUGUGAACCCCUUCACCAAUGGCUGCUGUAACAAUGUCAGCCGUGUACUCUGCAGUUCCCCAGCACCCAGGUAUUUGGGGAGACCAAAGAAAGAGAAGACCAUUGUAAUCAGACCUCCCUUCCUUCGACCAGAAGUGUCAGAUGGGCAGAUAACUGUGAAGAUCAUGGACAAUGGCAUCCAGGGAGAGCUGAGGAGAACUAAGUCUAAAGGAAGCUUGGAGAUUACAGAGAGCCAAUCCGCAGAUGCUGAACCUCCACCUCCUCCUAAGCCGGACUUGAGCCGUUAUACAGGGCUACGAACACACCUCAAUCUGGCUGCUAAUGAGGACAGCAGCCUGUUGAGCAAGGACAGCCCCCCCACACCUACCAUGUACAAGUAUCGGCCAGGCUACAGUAGCAGCAGCACAUCAGCCGCCAUGCCUCACUCUUCCAGCGCCAAGUUGAGUCGUGGUGACAGCUUGAAGGAGCCAACCUCAAUUGCAGAGAGCAGCCGCCAUCCCAGCUACCGGUCAGAACCCAGCCUGGAGCCAGAGAGCUUCCGCUCUCCCACUUUUGGCAAAAGCUUUCACUUCGAUCCACUGUCCAGUGGUUCACGCUCCUCCAGCCUCAAGUCGGCCCAGGGCACAGGCUUUGAGCUGGGCCAGUUGCAGUCCAUCCGUUCCGAGGGCACAACCUCCACCUCCUAUAAGAGCCUGGCUAACCAGACACGCAAUGGAAGUUUAUCUUAUGACAGCCUGCUCACUCCUUCUGACAGCCCUGACUUUGAGUCAGUGCAGGCAGGGCCUGAGCCAGACACACCUUUAGGCUACACCUCUCCCUUCCUGUCAGCCCGGCUGGCUCAACAGCGGGAAGCUGAGAGGCACCCACAUUUGGUGCCAACUGGCCCAGUACACCGAGAGCCCUCACCAGUCCGGUACGACAAUCUGUCGCGCCAUAUCGUGGCCUCCCUCCAGGAACGAGAGAAGCUGCUACGCCAGUCACCCCCACUCCCAGGUCGAGAGGAAGAACCAGGCUUGGGGGACUCAGGCAUUCAGUCGACACCAGGCUCAGGCCAUGCCCCUCGUACUAGUUCCUCCUCAGAUGAUUCGAAGAGGUCACCCUUGGGCAAGACUCCAUUGGGACGCCCAGCUGUGCCCCGAUUUGGCAAGCCAGAUGGACUAAGGGGCCGGGGACUGGGGUCCCCUGAAUCAGGCCCAACUGCUCCAUACCUGGGCCGAUCCAUGUCUUAUAGCAGCCAAAAAGCCCAACCUGGUGUCUCUGAGACUGAAGAAGUGGCCUUGCAGCCGUUACUGACACCCAAAGAUGAAGUACAGCUCAAGACCGCCUACAGCAAGUCCAAUGGGCAGCCCAAGAGUAUAGGCUCAGCUUCCCCUGGCCCAGGCCAGCCACCUCUCAGUAGCCCCACAAGGGGAGGAGUCAAGAAAGUGUCAGGAGUAGGUGGCACCACCUAUGAGAUUUCGGUGUGAGCCUUCGGCACCUCCCCUCCCCCACACCUCUGCGCCUGCACCAAAGGGCCCCCCAGGUGGCCACCUUCCUUUCCUCAAGGGGCUCUCCUCCCCUGCAUGGACAUUUUUUUAAACCACCGAUUCCAAGAGGAUGAGGAGCGUUUUAUAAAAUGCAAUGGGGUUGGGGAGUCGGAGAGUUGGGGCCCUGAGACUGGGGCAGCAACCCCCUUUACCUAUUAAGACCUUCCCUUCCUCAACCCCUGGACCAGACUCAGUGGACAUUUGUGCAAUUGCUCGCCCUGGAGAGAACCAGAUCAUUUUUAAACCAGAAAUAAUUUUUUUUAUUAUUGUUACGGAUUCUAUUUUUUUCCUCUUCUGCGUUACCAGGUGUGUGUGUGUGUACAUAUAUAUAUAUAUAUAUAUACAUAUAUAUAUUAUAAAUAUCAAAGAAAUUAUAUAUCUAUCCUGGGAUGGGAAAAUGAGGGAGGGAUGUUUAAGAGGGGGAUCUUACUCUUCCCAUUCCUGGGACCAGCAGGAGAAGAGGAAAGAUGUGAAUAGAAGUCUUCCUUUGCCCCAGGGUUCUCUCUUUUGUCCAUUACCAAUUAAGAAAAUAGCACCCCCUGUUGUCGGUGCUUAGUGAUCAGGAAAGGAACUGGAGAGAGGCGAGUCUGAAGUCUUGGUCAGAGGAGAGAGUAAAGUUUUCAGGGCUCAUUGGCACUUAGUUUUCCCAGGAAAGGGGUCACAGCCCCAUGAUGUUUUUGGUGGAGGAGAGAUCAGGAAAAGAGCUUGGCCAAGCUCCAGAAACAACUGGAUAAUCCCCUUUUUGGGAUGGAAGGAUUAGGGUGGGCUUCUUCAACUAGCCCCUCAAAUCCUUCCCCCAUUUCACACACAGUUAACAUUUUUUAAUCCAAGGCUAGGAGAGAAGAAUCCAAAAAGCAAUAUUUUUCAUCACAUGCCAAAAAUGGGAUAGAGAGGAGGAGUGGCAGGCCUAAGCCCCUCCAAUUGUCCCUUGAGAGGUACCCCUCAGCCCACCUCAGUAUGGUGCUGGGUAGAGGAGAUACCUGGGUUCUAACCUCUAAACAGGGGAGACCCCAGCCUCUAGAUAGAGGCCAUUUUAUUUUUUAUUCUGAUUAGCCAUUUUAAACCAACAAGGAAUAAAAAGAAAUCCUGAUCUAA